GGCGUCGGGCCGCCGGCCGCUGGGCGGCAGUGCGGCCAGGCUCGGGGGCGUCCGGGGCCGCGGUGCGACAUGUGGACGGCGCGUCGGUCCGACGAACCAGCGGUCAGUGGGGCAUGUCCGGAGAGUUGUACGGCUCGUGCGCCGGCGCUGACUCGGUGACGAGCGGCGGUCUGCCGUCGGAGGCAGCGUCUCGCCGCGCCAGCUCCAGGGUCCGGCGGGGUCCGUCAGCCAGUCCGCCGGCUGCGCCCCUCCAGGGUCACCGACCGGUCAUCCCUGCCAUGGAGCCGUUGGAAUGCGACGGGCCGCGGCCGCGGGUGCGCUCCUCCUCGCGGGGCGCCGGGCAGCGCGAGACCCGCGGCCUGGACGGGUCGGGCGCUGGGCGGGAGCCGGUGAGAGACUGUGGCGGGGCUGAGCUGGGCGCGCUGCGCCGCGACCGUCCGCUCGAGCGGGCCGCCUCGGACGAGGAGGGUCUUUACGGGCCGACGCCGGGCCAGCAGUCGGCGCGCCCCGCCCUCCACUCGCCCAACGCCGACUUCAGCAGCAAGCACGGCCUGACGCGCGACACGUACAUCCUGGAGCUGCAGGCACAGAACGGUGACUUCCAGCGCGAGCUGGGCCAGCUGCGCCGCGAACUGGAGCUCACCGGGCAUAAGCUGGGCUCCAGUAUGCACAGCAUCAAGACGUUCUGGUCUCCGGAACUCAAAAAAGAGCGGCAGAUGCGGAAGGAUGAGUCCCUGAAGUACGGCAUGAUGAGCGACCAGAUUCAGCUGCUGACGGCCGAGACACAGAGGACAAGCCGACCUUAUACGCCAGCUGGAGGAAGAGUUACACAGCCGUGGCGGCAAAACGCAGGCAGUGGUGGAGCUGCAGCAGCAGGUGGACCAGUGUUACGUGGAAAACGACCACCUAACGCGCGAGAACUCCAUUCUCAAGGACACGGUCAAGGAACUGGAACUGAGGAUCGAGGCGCAGAAGCAGACGCUGCUCAGUCGAGACGAAAGCAUCAAAAAGUUGCUGGAGAUGCUGCAGCACAAGGGUUUGGGUGGUAAAGCGUUGCCCGAGGAGUGCUUGGCCAACAUACGCACCCAGACAGACCUGGCCGAGGCCGAGGCGCGCAUCGCCCACCUCCUCUCAGCGCUCCGCGAACGGGACGUUGAGUUAGAUAGCGCGCGACAAGAGCUGGACAACUACAUAGACCAGUACCGAGCGCUGCAGAUCGAGAUUCAGCAAAAGCUCAGUCAGAAUCCCACCACCCUGGCCGGGAUCCUCGAGGUCAAAGACCGCCGUAUCGAAGGCCUGGAGCACGAGCUGUCCAAGCUAGACGCCGAGCUGGCCAAGGCGCACGAGCUGGGCGCUCAGUGCUCGAGAGCAUGCGCGAGCUCGCCGCGCUUGGAUGUUGACUGUGAAAGAGAAAAACAGAUGCUCCAGAGCAAAUUCGACGACGCACGCUCGGAGAUCCAGCGGCGCGACCAGGAGAUCCUGGCGCUGACGGCCAAGAUGAAGACGCUCGAGGAGCAGCACCACGGCUACCAGCGCCACAUCACCGUCCUUAAGGAGUCGCUCUGCGCCAAAGAGGAGCAUUACAACAUGCUGCAGGCAGACGUGGAGGAGCUGCGGCAGCGUCUGGAGGAAAAGAACCGUACCAUCGAUAAAAAGACACAAUCGGCGCUGCAGGUUUCCCAGGAGCGGAACCGGCUGAGUGGAGAGCUCAACGAGGUGCGCGACCACCUGGACAUCAAGGAACGCAAGAUCAACGUCCUGCAACGGAAGGUGGAGAACCUGGAGGAGCUUUUGUGCGAGAAGGACUCGCAGGUGGACAUGGCGCGCUCGCGGCUGACGGCCGUUCAGGCGCACCACACCUCCUCCGAGGGCGCGCUCAGCUCGCUCGAGGACGCCGUUGGCGACCGCGACAAACAAAUCUCGCAGCUGCGCGAGCAGCGCGACCGUGCCGAGCAGGAGCGCGCAAAGGAGAGCGAGCACCACGAGCGACAGCAGGCCGAGCUGAAGCUGAAGCUGCACGCCCAGGAGACGGAGCUGGAGAAGCUGCAGGUGCGGCUGGAGCGGGCGCAGGCGGAGAAGGCGCGGCUCGAGAGCCGGCUGGAGGCGUCGCAGUCGGAGCUGGGUUCCGCCAGCGCUGAGUUGGGCCGCCUGCAGGGCGACGCUGGCAGCCGGAGCUCCGAAAUCGAUUCGGCCCGGCAGGCGACCAUCAGGCUGAACAUGGAUGUGGACCGGCUACGCGCCGAGAACGAGCGGCUGCGCCUCGAGGUGGAGCGGGAACGAGAGCGGGCGGGCCGCGAGCGUCAGGGGGAGCGUGACGGGCUCGACUGGGAGCGCUCCACCACGCCUGUAUUCCGCCCGCAGCGCGAGCGCCAGCUGAGCGGCAGCCUGGCCUCCUCUCUGGAGAUCGAGCGGCUGCAGGAGAGGCUGCACAAGGCUCAAGCCGAGCUACGCGGCGCACAGACAGAGCUACGCAUGUACCAGAGCGACAGCGAGCGACUGCAGGUGGAGGCGGAGCAGCUGCAGGAGAAGGUGGACAAGCUGUCCGGCGAGGUGUAUCGACUAAAGACGUGCCUGGAGAGCGCCCAGUCGGAGAAGGAGCAGCUGCAACAGGAGCACGAUCGCGCACAGGUGGUCCUGGCACGCACCAUGGCAGACAAGGAGCGCUUGCAGGACGAGGCUGGUGAGCUGCGAGAGGAGCUCGAGCGGCAGAAACAGACGCUGAGCCGUGCCCAGAUCUCACAGGAGAAGACACACGGCGAGCUGACCAAGGCGCGGCUGGAGCUAGACCAGCUGCAGACGAAGCUGGACCGCACGGCCGCCGACCUCAGACGGGUGCAAAUGGACAAAGAAAAGGUCUCUUAUGAAGUGGAGACCUUGCGAAUGCAGGUGGACAAAGCUCUUGGUCAUUCGACGAGGACUCAAAAGGAAAAGGAAAAUAUUCAGGUUGAACUCGACAAGCUAAGGGACAAGCACGAUAAAGCCCAGGGUCAGCUGGCGCGGCUCACCAAGGAGAAGGAGGCAGCGGAGACGGAGCGGGCCCGCCUGGCGGAGCGACAGGAGCUGGCGCAGGUGCAGCAGGCCAAGACACUGCGGGACCGCGAUACUGCAAUCGCCGAGCUUGAUCUGCUCAGAGAGAAGAUUGACAAGAGCGCCGCCCUGAUACAGAAGCUACAGCUCGAGAGAGAAGACAAGUGCUCUGAGAUAGACCUACUGCGAGACAAGCUCGACAAAAGUCAGCUGCUCAUCUCCAGCGUUCAGGAAGAGAAAGACACACUGCAAAGAGAGCACGGGCAUCUGGCGGAGAAACAUGACAGGUCUCAAGGCGAGGUGCAGCGUCUGCAGGCGCGACUGGAGACUGCGCAGGCCGAGCAGGAUCGGCUGCAGGCGGACGGCGAGAAGGCACAUCUGCUGCUCGCCAAGAUGCGCGACGAGCAGCGGCGCGCCCAGCAGGAGCUGGAGAAGCUACAGGAGCUGUACGAUCGCAGCGCCGUACAGUUUAUGCGCAUGAAGGACAGCGAGCAACGCUGCCGCGACGAGACGGAACGCUUCACAGCCGAGGCGGAGCGGCUGCGAGACAAGUACGAGCGCACGCAGAUGGAGGCCAAGAAACUGGCCAACGAGCGCGACCAGCUGUGCGAGGACGUGGAGAAGCUGACGUUCGACGUGGAGCGCGCUAAGGCGCAAAACCAGAAGCUGCAGGCGACGCAGGAGUGCAGCAACGAGGAGACAGCGCGACUGCAGGUGGAGGUGGACAAGGCGCACGAGAAGUUGGAGCGCAGCCAGGGCGAGUUGCGCAGGGCGCAAGCUGAGCGCGACAAGGCGCAGGCGGAGGCGGACACGUUCCAGGCGGAGAUCGAACGCUACCUGGUGCGCAUGGGCAAGUACCAGGAUACUCAAGACCGCAGUCGCGAAGAGCAGGAGCGCACCAAAUUCGAGCUGGAGCGGCUACGUGAGCGGCUGGAGAAGGCGCAGAUGGAGUUAGAGACGGAGCACCUCAUGAAGGAGCGGUUCGAGCAGGACGCCACAAAGCUGCGCCUUGAGCUGGACCAACUGGAGUCACAUCAGGGCCUGGCCAUGUCCGAUGAUGGCAAAUCCCGGAUCCAAGCGGAGGUGCUUCAGGGCGAGUUGGAUCGCAUGCGCGACAGACAUGAUGCAUGCCAGAUGGAAGUUAGGAAACUGCGCCACCAAAACGAGAAGCGCCACGAGGAGAUCUUGAUCCUGCAGAAAGAGCUUGACAAGUACGAGAACAAUUCGGCCAGAGCCACAUCCGAGAAGGAGCAGGGCCAGGGCGAGUUGGACCGGCUCAAGCUGGAGCUGGAGCGCGUGCGAGUGCGCCAUGAGAAGACACAGGCGGAGGUGACGCGGCAGGAGCAGCGGAUGGCGCAGCUGGAGUCGGAAAACGCGCGCCUCCGCGACGGGCUGCAGCAGACGCAGGCUGGCGCUGAGCGGCGGCACGCCGCGCAAGGCGAGCACAAAGCUGGACCUGCGGGAAGCCCAACAGAAGUUGUCGACUGGGCGCGCCGACGACGACACCAGUGCACCACGGCGCCUGAAACAGCAACUGCAACCGACACGGCAGCAGGAGCAGCAGCUGCAGCAGCAGACGCUCGAGCUGGCGGAAACCUCCCGGCAGCUGGAGGAGCGCGGCCAGCAGCUGCAGCUGCUUCAAGCGCGCGUCGAGCAGUUACAGGAAGAAGCGAAUCAGCCUCCCCGUGAGCGGGAGCCGGCGGCGGCGGACGCCCAGCUGACGGCGCUGCGGGCGGAGCUGGACCAGCUGCGGCAGGAGCUCAGCAGGGCGCAGAGCGAGUCGGAGCGCCUGCUAAACCUCAUGCACAC